UGGAUCUACUGCACCGUUCACCUCUCAACAACACGUAGGUUGCUGGUUGGAUCCCAGCCCUGCAGUCAACAUGUGGAUGUAUCCCUCGGGCAAGAUGCUGAACCCUGAGAUUUGCAUCAGCCUGGUGGAGAGCAGAUCUGACCUGGAGUCUGACGCUUCUUCUCUCAGCAGAAAGUCAGCGUCAUUGGAGAGCUAAUUUAAACACCCGAUAUCAAGGUGUUAUUAAAGUCUGGAGGAAGUACACUAACCAUUUCCUUGAGACUACUGUGUGACACCAUGGCAAAGAAGAACCAGAAGGACACGUCGGGGGUGGUGUUUGACACUCGCUCCAAAAUGGCGAUGUCCCAGGGAGGAACAACGGAGAGGAUGAAGGAGAAGAUCGGUGCCGUCCGUGCAGUCGUCCCUAACAAGAGCAACAAUGAGAUCGUGCUGGUGUUGCAGCAUUUUGAGAACUGUGUCGACAGAACCGUCCAAGCGUUCAUUGAAGGCAGCGCCACGGAGAUCCUGAAGGAGUGGAAUGUGACCGGCAAGAAGAAGCCCAAGAAGAAAAAGAAGCCGAAGCCUCAGCCCGAGGCGGCGGCGGAGCCGGAGCCUCCUGAGGCGGCGGCAGCGGCGCCGGAGGAGGAGGAGGAGGAAGAAGAGGAGGCGGCGGCGAAGGAGGAGCUGAACGGAUUCCACGCCAACGGCUCGGUGCUGGACGGGGAGUCGCUGGACUCUCUGAGCGAGCAGCUGGACUCCGCCUCUCUGGACGCCGCCGAGCUGGACUCUGAGCCCGCCACGUCCGAAACCACCGGUGCCGAAGCAGAAAGCCAAGGCAGUGCUCCGUCCCCCCCCUUGCACCAGGGGGGCAGGAAUCACCAGCCCCCCCGGGGGAACAAGAACCGGCACCGGACCGGAUCCAACUCACACACCCCCGCCUUCUCUUUCCCCCCCCACACCGAGGAGCAGGGAGCGGGAGUCAAGAAGAUGGCUCCGAACAUCGACCGCUCGGUGAAGGACCUGCAGAGGUGCACCGCCUCGCUGACCCGCUACAGGAUGGUGGUGAAGGAGGAGAUGGACUCCUCCAUCAAGACCAUGAAGCAGACGUUCGCUGAGCUCCAGAGCUGUUUGAUGGACAGAGAGGUGACUCUACUGGGAGAAAUGGACAAAGUGAAAGCAGAGGCCAUGAUGAUCCUGGACGCCCGGCAGAAGAGGGCGGAGGAGCUGAGGAGGCUCACAGAUCAGUCGGCCUCCAUGUCCGAGGAGCAGCUGACCGAACUGCGUGCAGACAUCAAGCACUUUGUGAGUGAGCGUAAAUACGACGAAGACCUCGGGAAAGCUCUUAGAUUUACGUUUGAUCUGGAACCGCUGAAGGCCACCAUCACAGGGUUUGGAUCAGUUUACCAUCCGCGGACAGGAUACUCAAACCGGUCCCGCUGCAGCUCCACGUCCUCAUCCGUCGCCAGCCCGAGCCUCGGAGAGACCCCCCCACCCACCCAGACCCAAGCCCCCCCAACAACCACCGCCCCCCCCCCGAACAAACAGAUUUUCCAGGGCAACCGGCGCACCUUCCAGGGUCAGGGCUACCACUCGGGGGGGCAGCGGUAUAACGGCGCCUCGUACCACGACAGGAACGCCGCCCGGACUAACCACCGACAGCAGCACCAGAGUGACGGGGGCCCCUCCGGUCCCUCGCAGCAUCCCCACAGAGGCCCCCCCAACCCAGCCACGUCCUCCUACACCCCCCCUCACAACGGGCUGCCGCAGAGGACUCCGCGGACGCACUGCCCCUGACAUUAGGGGAAAAAAAACCUGAAGCUCAAUCAAAAAUCAUCUACUAACCUGCCCGGUAACACCCCCUCCCUCACCAUACCCCCCCCCCCCCCCCCCCCCCUACUAACUCCUCUCAAUGAAGAAUAGAAACAAGUUUACAUUACCCGUCAGCUGCAGAGACGCCUGUCAGUCCUUCAUCCUCCAGACAUGAAGCUCUCUCCCUCUCUCCGCCUCCUCGUUAAGGGCUGGGCAAUCAGAGGGAAAUAGACCCCAUAAUAUUUCCAAUUAAGUGCCUGUUAAUUGGGGGGAUAUUAUUGGGUUGCUUUGACUAAAUAUUUACAAAAAUUGAAAUAAUAAUUAGAAGUAAAAUGGAUUUAUUGAUGAAGGAAAAUAAGAAAGUGUGAAAACGUUCAGAGGAUCACAUAAAUUCCACGCAGACUUUAAAACCAGGAGAAGACUUAAUAUUAAAUAUCCAAAUUAUAAGACGCUAAUCUAAGGCUGCACAUACUGUGCUAUACUGUGCAAUAUCCAAAGCACAUUUAAUGCAAGAUAUGUGAAAUAUCUGAAUUAUUCUACAGUAAACACUUGUUUGCUGCAGGUCCAAUACACUAUAGGUCAUUCUUUCCAAAUGGUGCAGCCAAAAUCACGAUAUUUCUGACCUAAAUUGAUCAAUAAUCAUCAGUAAUGUGGAUUUGUGUGAUUAAAUUGGUGAAAGCCGAUAAGAAAACAGCUGGAACACCCACAUAUUGCCCAGCCCUCCCUCUGCAUAUGUUGCUCCUGUUGCUCGCGUUCAGCUCUCUGAUCCGUUUUGUCUCCCAGAGCCUCCGCCUUCACCGUGGAAAGAGAGAGAGAGACCUUCGUAGACGUGCAAUCAACACUACAGCUGAUCUUUAGGAGUUAAAAACAUAUCGAACAUUUCCACGUUUCGGAUAUUACUGUCUGUACGAUGAACAUACAGCUAGCUUAGCAUAAAGACCGUUUCCUCUAAAAUCUGCCUAGCAACACCCCCAAAUUUCACCAGUUAACCCUUUAAACGUUGCUGAUCUCGUAUUGAAAUUUGUAAAUACUUGGGUUAUUGCUGGAUCUGCACAAACAAAUCUCCUCCUCCUCAUUUUUCAGGCAAACAUCUCAAAAUUGAAGAUAUGAUAUUUAAAUGCUAAAACAAAUAUUGUGAUUUACUGCUUUUUCUCUAUCUUUUAUAUCCGAUUAAAAUCAGUGCACCUACUCUCGUGUCUGCACCAUGAAUAGGAAGCUCACUUAGCAUAGCUGUUUCCUCUCCUAAUGACGCAGAAUCUGCAGAGCAGAACUCUUUGGAUGUUCAUUUUGUAGAAAAAUGACAAACUGGCUUUUCCCCGGGUGUUGCUCGAGGUGCACGAAAUAUCUGCAGCUUUUUGGACAAUCGAUUCACCCUUAAAGUCAUUUUUCAUACAAACAUAUCUUAAAAUGAUGUCUCAAAAUGUGAGAUGUGAAGCUUUUCUCAGCUUUAAAUCAUCUAAAAUCUUUGGACGUUUAGACUCCACCUUGGUCUUUAAGAUUCUAGGAUGGACUUUUGUCUCUUUCUGACCUUUAAUACCAAAUAAUCACCAGUUUGAGUCGAGCCGAGCUAGACGUUACUAUUGCUUUAAGGCUUUAUGCUAAGCUAAGCUGACUUCAUACAGACAUGCAGUCAAUCUUCUCAUCCGACUCUCUGCAAUAUUUCUCUAACAUAUGGAGCUUUUCCUUCAGACGGCAGUGCAUCGUGCUGGUUCUGAGGCUCCAGAGGGCUGAUCCGGUUCCUUCCACACGCUUCAUCUGCACACAUUUUAAAACGUGCUUGCCUUUUAGUCACGAGAGAAUCACAUUUGCCUUCUCCCUCCCAGCGUCUGCAUCAUGACUGUACGUUAGCGUAAGAUACCACCCCCACCCCUCUUUUUAUAAUCCCACAUGUGAAGUAAUCAAGCAGAUGAAUGAAGGCUGUAGAUUCCUGAGGGAACAGGAAGCUGUUUCCUCUCCUAGUUUUGUACAUACAGUGUCUGCAGGCCGCUGCACCGGCUCGUCUUCCUCGUUAAAAACUGAAUUUAUUAUGUUAUUUUCUUCCAUCCCCCUCCUCCUUUUGGGUUUCCUGGACCAUGGGGAGAGUUGCGUUCUUAUCCUGAGAUAUUAUGUCAGUUCAUUUCGUGCAGAGCAGAGCUUCUUUGGUUGAAAUGUGCUUAAAGUAUGGUUUAAUGAAGAGGAAUAGUUUGACAUUUUGAGGAUUUUUGAUUCAGUUUAAACUCAUAGAGCUCGUCUUUAGAAGUUCAACCACUAUUUUACUUUGAUUUGCCCAACAAUAAAAAGCUCAUCUAGAACACUUUGCAAAUAUCUGGGACAUUCCUGCUUCAUCAGAGGUGUUUAAUUCCCUCCUCUAACUCGAAGGUCUAUCAGACAGCGCAGACCUCCACCAAGGCCACUCCAUCAGUAAAAACAUAACCCUCCUUAAUUUGAAUCGGCUCCAGAGUUGAAUCACUUCUUCCUGAGUGAAUGUUUCAGCUUUGCACCAAAUUUCAUGAAAACUGGACUUCCAUCUUUUCUGUAGUCGUAAUUUAAAACACAUAAAGCUCGUCUUUGAUGCAGAACUUUAACCACUACUUCACUUUGUUUUUCCCAACAACAAUUAACCAAUUACAUCUGAAAACUUCCCAACAAAAAUGUGCAAUUCCCGCUCCAUCAGAGGUGUGUUGUUUCAUUUCCAAGCAGAAAAGCCUCCUAUAACUCCAAAGGCUAUCCGAGAGCGCCGACCUCAACCUGAAGCAGAAAGAUAACCCUCCUUAAUUGGAUUCGGCUCCAGAGUUGAAUCACUUCUUCCUGAGUUAAUGCUUCAGCUUUGCACCAAACUCAUAAUCCUUUUAAGAAAGUGACUAAAGGCUGUGACUAACGACACUAUCCUUAGGGGAUGCUCAGCUGGCGACCCGGCCACAGAAUCACUCUACGUUAGAAAGUGCAAAUCAUCUUUCCUCAAAAUGUCAAACUGUUCCUUCAAAUCUUUCUCAAAUAUCUGAUCGACUGGACUUUCUCGCGUCUGCCGUUUGCAAGAUGAACAUUUAUUCCGGUGAAUCUGUUUAAGACUCGGACCGCUCCUCUUCUCUGUUUCUCACGUUCAGCUCUUCCUCAGUUUCUCAUUCCUGCUGAAUAUUGAGUUAUCUCCAAACAGAAAUAACUGCGUCUGUUUCUCAAGCUGCUGCCUUUUGGUUCCUCCGCUCCGCCUUCCUCUUCCUGUUUGCGUUCUACCCCCCCCCCUGUAUAUACAUAUAUAUGUAGCUGUGUAAGUGGGUGCUCACAUGGGGCAUUCUGUAUGUGAUAUUCAUAUUAGGCAUCCUGGAGGUGCGACCUGUCCUCCAGCAGAACCUCGUCCUCCUUUCUGAGACAACUGUAAACUCAAAGUGCCUUUUCUUGUCUCCCCCCCCAUCCCCUCCCCUGAUCCAUUGACUCCCAUCCCUCCCCUCCACCAGAGUAUGGACCAAAGACAUCGACCGUCCCCCCUCCUCCUCUCUGCCCGUCCCCCCUCUCUGCCCCCCCCCCCCAUCUCCAUUCACUGAAUUGCACACUUUUCAUUUACUACGAAUAAACAGUUUGCAAUA